CAUGAUAGAACCACAAAAAAUGCAAAAAUCUUCAGCGCUGAAGAGCUAGAGAAAGCUACCAACAAUUAUGAUGAGAGUAGAAUAGUUGGCCGAGGAGGAUAUGGUACCGUUUACAAAGGGUUGUUGCCAAAGAAUGUGGUAGUUGCGAUUAAGAAGUCCAAGCUUGUGGAUCAAAGCCAAAUUGAACAGUUCAUCGAUGAAGUCAUCGAGCUUUCUCAAAUUAAUCACCGUAAUGUGGUCAAGCUUUUGGGAUGUUGUUUGGAAACAGAGGUGCCUUUAUUGGUGUACGACUUCAUCAACAAUGGAACCCUCUUUGAUCACAUCCACAAUCCAAACAAAUCAACAAAGCUGUCUUGGGAGAUUCGAUUGAGAAUUGCUUCAGAAACUGCUGGAGUCCUCUCGUACUUGCACUCUGCAGCUUCCACUCCCAUUAUACAUUGAGAUGUCAAAUCGGCAAACAUCCUUUUGGAUGAUAGUUACACCACGAAAGUCUCCGACUUUGGAGCUUCAAGAUUAGUCCCACUUGAUCAAAUGCAAUUGUCGACUAUGGUUCAAGGACCAUUGGGAUACUUAGACCCUGAAUACUUGCUCACAAGCCAAUUGACAGAGAAGAGUGAUGUUUACAGUUUUGGGGUAGUGCUAGUUGAGUUAUUGACAGGGAAGAGGGCACUUUCUUUUGACCAAUCCGAAGAAGAGAGGAGCUUGGCAAUGUACUUUCUUUCAUCAUUGAAGAAGGGCAAAUUGUUUCACAUUGUUGAGGAAAUUAUUGCAAAUGGAGAAAAUAAUGAGCAGGUGACAGAAGUUGCCAAUCUUGCAAAGAGAUGCUUGAGAAUAAAAAGCAAGGAGAGACCAACCAUGAAGGAAGUAGCAAUGGAACUGGAAGGACUUAGAGCAAUAGCUAACCAUCCAUGGGUGAAUGAUAUUGAUGUGAAUCCAGAAGAGACAAUUUGUUUAUUGGGAGAGAAGACCAAUGUGUACAUGAAUAGUAUUGCCAGCACAAGCACUGGGUACACGGAUAGCAUGAAAAGCCAUGUCAUGCCACUAGUUAGUAGUGGGAGAUGA